UUGUUGUAUACGACUGACAAGCACGUGUAUAUAAAGUAAAAUUCUGUUUUAAUUGGUGUAGUGAGGAUUUAUGUGAUAAAUCACGAAAAAAUGACGGAAAAAACUCAAAAAGGCAAUAAAUCGUCGGAACCAUCAUCAUCAUCUGGUGGAAAAGAUGGCAUUUGGAAAGAUCCACGUUUCGCAAAUCUGGUCAGUGACCCUCGAUUUAGAAAUAUUCACAAAUCAACGAAAACAGUUAAAAUUGAUAAGCGGUUCAAGUCAAUGUUUGAGGAUGACAAAUUCAAAGUGAAAUAUACCGUAGAUAAAUAUGGGCGACGCGUGAAUAAAACAUCGACCGAUGAUUUGGAAAAAUACUAUGACAUUGAUUCGGAAGAGGAUGAAGAGGAGCAACGCAAAGAAGAAGCUGAAUUGUUUAAGGAAAGUGGAAAUGUGAACGACGUACACGAGAGUGAUGAAGAAAUCACUGAGGAUGUCAUGACAAAAUUGAAAGAUAUGAGUGUCGAUUAUGCCCGCGGUGAAUUGCCAUUGAUGAGUGAUAGUUCAUCGGAUGAUGAUGAUUCUUCGGAUGAUGAGAACGAUGAAUUGGUAAUGGAUGAUGCCUGGGGUGAGCUGGACAGCGAAACGGAUGACGAGAAUGCAGAAACUACACGCCGUUUUGCAUUAACCAACAUGGAUUGGGAUAGAAUUCGAGCGUGUGAUAUUAUGGUGCUGUUCAAUUCAUUUUUACCACCAGGCGGGUCCGUUCUCAGCAUUCGAAUCUAUCAAUCGGAAUACGGUGAACAACGAAUGGCCGAAGAAGAACUUAAAGGACCACAAGAAUUGAUCGAAAAAACUAAGUUGAAUAGCGAAGAUGAAUUUGAUUCAGACGAUUCGCAUGCGGCCGAUGAUAAUGAAGAGGGUGAUGAUUAUCAAAUGGAAAAGCUACGUCAAUACCAAAUCAACAGGCUGAAAUAUUACUAUGCAGUUGUUGAAUGUGACCGUGUUGAAACAGUCGAAAAAUUAUGGCAUGAAUGUAAAGGUCUGGAGUAUGAAAGUUCGGCUACAAAGCUUAAAAUGAAGGUAAUUCCGGAUGAUAUGACAUUUGAUGAUCGACCAUUGAAGGAUGAAUGUACAGAAAUGCCAGAUUUGGCCAAAUACACACCUAGAUUGUUCACUACAACAGCUUUGCAACAAGCGAAGGUUGAACUAACUUGGGAUGAAAAUGAUAUGGAACGUGCUGAACUCAAUGAAAAAUUGAAUACAGGAAAAUUGAAUGAAAUUCACGAUGCUGAACUGAGAAAGUUUGUAGCAUACAGCAGCGAAGAAGAAGAAGAAGAAGAAAAAGCAGUAGAUGUAGGAGAGGUGGAGAAAGACGGAAGCGAUUCAGAUAAUGAUGACGAUUUACCAAUCAACAAAUCGAAUAAAAAAGAAGAUGUUAUAUCGAAAUAUAAAAAUUUGCUGAAUGAAAUCAAUCAAAAAGAGCAGGAAAAGAAGAAAAACAAAAUCGAAAUGGAAUUUUCUUGGGGAAUCGAUACAACAUCCAAGACCGGUAAAACUGAGAAAAAAUCCAACAACGCUGAAUCGUUAACUCCAUUUGAAAAGCUUAUUGAGAAAAAGCGUGAGAAGAAACGAGAACGCAAACAGAAAAUACGUCAAUUGAAGAAAGAGCAAAAUCAGAUAGAAAAUGAGUCGGGUGACAGUGGAAGUGAAGACGAUUUACCGGAUGGAAUCGAUAUGAAUGAUCCAUAUUUCGCUGAAGAAUUUGCCAAUGGUGAAUUUGCACCCGCCAAAUCUAGCAAAUCCAAAUCCAAAAAGAAAUUGUCUAAGAAGAACGAGGAUGAAAGUGAAAAUGAAGCACAAAAAGAAUUGGAGCUGUUGCUGGAUGACGAUGAUCACAAAGCACAUUUUAGUUUGAAGAAAAUUCAGGAACGUGAAAAUGAAAGCAAAACAUCGAAAAAACGUCGCAAGAAUCUGAAGCACAAGAAAAAUGAAGAAGACGAGAAAAUGGUUGAAGAUGAUUUUAAAAUGGAUGUUACGGACAACCGUUUUUCGGCUAUUUAUUCAUCUCAUUUGUUCAAUAUCGAUCCAACCGAUUCACAUUAUCGCAAAACAAAGGGAAUGGACACUCUCAUUCAAGAAAAACUUAAACGUAAAUCCGACAAAAAUGAUGACGCUUCAAAUGCUGAACCAACUGAGAAAAAACGUCGUGAUUUAUCCAAUAGCCUUUUGAUAAAAAGCAUUAAAAGAAAAGUCCAAAAACAAGUAUAA